GACGUACGAUGUCAUCCCCUCCAUUUGUUCUGUGAGUGUGACUUUUUCUUCUUUUUGCCUUUUCCCUCUAAAAGAACAAACGCAACGAAGAAAUGAAAGAAACCGCUUCGCUUUUUCCGCCCAUCGAAGAACAUCACAAGCGUAAAGUAGAUCUUGAUUCUCUCAUUCGUCUUAAAGCUCCGGCCAUCUUCAUGUUCAAUUCUCACAGAAAUUUUUUCCAUACGGUUUUCCAAUGGGUUGUUCUCAAUCCAAGAUCGAAAAUGAGGAAGUGGUUUCCCGAUGCAAGGAUCGUAAGAUGUUCAUGAAAGACGCCGUCGCCGCCCGGAAUGCAUUCGCGGCGGCCCACUCUUCUUAUGCCAUGUCGUUGAAGAAUACUGGCGCUGUUUUGAGCGAUUACGCUCAUGGAGAGGGCCCACCGGCUCCCUCGUCUCUCCCUGGCUCAGCUGCUGCUCAAUCGGCUGCUGCGGUGGCUUAUAAUAGUUUGCCUCCACCGCCGCCUCCACUUCCUGGUUCCCCCGGUAUGCCGCUUCAGCAAGGUAAGAGUAUGUUUGAAAUCAAGGCCUCGAAGGUUGAACCCAAGCGUGUAGAGCCGGUUAUUGAGGAGGUGGAUGAGAAUGAUUUUGAGAUUGAAUGUUCCGUUGGUCCAUUGCGGAGGAGGAGGAGCAAUAGAGACGGCGGUGGACGUGGUGGUAGAACUGGCCCUGGGGAGCUUGCAGAAGAAGAAAACGGUCCGCCUCCGCCAUUGCCGCCUUCAAGCGAAAAUCGUCGUGUUCCCGCGCCGUCGGCUCAGGAUUCGACCUACGAUUAUCUGUUCUCGGUUGAAAAUAUGCCAGCUCCGACGUUGAGCGGCGUCGAGGAUUUUAGUACUAAUACGGAAGCGAUAGAACGGAGAGCGGCGGCGGAGAAAUCCGGCGAAGAACCGCCGUCGUCUUCGGCGGGGAAAACGUCGAAGAAGAUGAAGCAAGUAGGUUUUCCUGGUUCGAGCGAGGGAAAAAGGAUUGUUAAAGGGAAUAUAAAUCUGCUUCAGAUCUUCAUGGAGCUUGAUGAUCAUUUUCUUAAAGCCUCUGAAAGUGCUCACGAUGUUUCGAAGAUGCUCGAAGCAACUCGGCUUCAUUUCCACUCAAAUUUUGCUGAUAAUCGAGGACAUAUUGAUCAUUCUGCUAGAGUGAUGCGUGUUAUAACAUGGAACAGAUCAUUUAGAGGGUUGCCCAACAACGAUGAUUUGAACGAUGAUUUUGACAGAGAGGAGAAUGAAACUCAUGCCACUGUAUUGGAUAAAUUGCUUGCUUGGGAGAAGAAACUAUUUGAGGAAGUGAAGGCAGGUGAAGUCAUGAAGUUCGAGUAUCAAAAAAAGGUUGCUGCACUGAACAAACUGAAGAAAAAGGGCUCCAAUUUUGAAGCAAUUGAGAAAGCUAAGGCCACGGUCAGCCAUUUGCACACCAGAUACAUUGUGGACAUGCAAUCCAUGGAUUCCACUGUUUCUGAGAUCAAUCGCAUUCGUGAUGAACAAUUGUAUCCUAAACUUGUUCAGCUUGUCAAUGGAAUGGCUAGUAUGUGGGAAAUCAUGCAUUUUCACCAUGGAAGCCAAUUGAAGGUUGUGGCUGCUCUGAGAAUGCUGGAUAUUUCUCAGUCGCCAAAGGAAACGAGCGAUCACCACCAUGAGCGAACGGUGCAGCUUUGGGCUGUGGUGCAGGAAUGGCACUCUCAAUUGGAGAAGCUUGUAAACCGUCAAAAAGAUUACAUUAAGGCUCUCUCAAAUUGGUUAAGAUUGAAUCUGAUCCCUACUGAAAGCAGCUUGAAGGAGAAGGUUUCUUCUCCUCCAAGGGUCCGCAGCCCACCAAUUCAAAGCCUCCUCCAUGUUUGGCAAGACCAUCUUGAGAAGCUCCCCGAUGAGGUCCUACGAAACUCCAUAUUCACUUUUGCAACUGUGAUCCACACCAUUAUGCAAAGCCAGGAGGAAGAGAUGAAGUUGAAGGUAAAAUGUCAAGAGACUGAGAAAGAGCUUGCCCGGAAAAGUAAGCAAUUCAAGGACUGGCAGAAGAAGUACAUGCAGCGAAGAGCGUCAAAUGCUGAUGAAGUGAACUUGGAAGAAAAUGGUGACAAAGACGAUGCUAUUGCAGAGCGGCAAGCUGCGGUGGAGGCCGUGGAAAAGAGGCUGGAGGAGGAACGGGAAGAGCACCAAAAACUAUGCCUCCAUGUGAGGGAAAAGUCUUUGGGGAGCCUAAAAAACCAGCUGCCAGAGCUUUUCAGGGCAUUAUUCGAGUUUUCUCUUGCUUGUUCACGCAUGUAUAGACACUUGAAAUCAAUAUCACAGCCACUGCUCAACAGGCCACUGAGUCAAACAACAGCACAAGAAGAGGCAGCAAGUUAAAGGUGCUUUUCUUGAUUCUUCUUGCUUCUUGUUUCAAUCUUUCUGUUAUAAACUUACAAUACAGUAAUAUAAUAUCAUAAUUACAUACAAAGUAUAACGUGGACGUAAAGUUUGGUAUAAAAAUGAAGUAAUUGGAGACAAAUAGAUAAUCAAGCCAGGUAUUACUUUCUCGUUUUCUUUUAA